AUGCAUCGAGCUAGGGCGUCAACUGUAAAAGUAACACUGAAAGAGCCUAAAAGAAAGGAGAUGCAAAGGGCAACGCAAGGCGAAGAAGAAGUAGUAUCAAGGGGUUCUAAGUGCCAAGACUGUGGGAACCAAGCCAAGAAGGAAUGUUCAUACUCGAGGUGCAGAACUUGUUGCAAGAACAAAGGGUUUCACUGCCAAACCCAUAUCAAGAGUACAUGGACUCCUGUGGAUAAGAGACGCAACAAGGAGCAGCCACCACCAUCUCCACACAACUUUCACGGACAUAUUCCUCAAAAGCACAACCAGAUCAAUCCAUAUUCAGGUUUAGAGAGAAAAUUUCCGGCUGCUACGAAUUCUAUGGCUAUAUUUCGGUGCAUUCAGGUUCGGUCAAUGGAUGAUGCGGUUAAUGAAGUAGCGUAUCAAACAUCUGUGAAUAUUGGGGGGCAUGUAUUUAGUGGAAUACUAUAUGAUCAAGGCCCAGAACAAAGCUAUAAUAAUAAGGGUGAGAGUUCCACUAGCCUUGUUGAUCAGCAACAGAAUAAUAAUCUGGGUCUUAUGAAUAAUGCUUCAAUCCACAGUAGUAGGGAUAGUAGUGGUGUAACUAUAGCCUCUGCUGGUCACGGUGACCCUCUUUUUCCUCCACCACCGUAUCCGUUUCCCCUUGCUUCCUUCAGACCCGGUAUGCCAUAUUUCACAUAUCCAAGAUCUUAA